AUGCCUGACUGGAGGUUUGACCUCACUAAUCGGGUUCGGACCAUCUUGGGAAGACCCGUCCUGAUCGAGGAGCAGCUGACAGAGCUUCCCGAUCCGAGAUAUUCUGAAAGACAGGUCCUAACGCUGGCUCGCUAUACGGAUACUAACGAGCCAAUCAUGCUGAAGAUCCGCUAUGAACUACGACCUGAGAGCUUCGGUAUUAGGGACCCGGAAUAUUUGCAGGUAAUGCGACAGUGGGCUCAAGAGCACUACCUUGAAGAAGUGAAGCUGGUCGAAGAUGUGGAAGAGAUUGGCCACGGACCUGCAUACCUCGCCCAUGCCACUCAGCGAGCUGGAGAGAUGUUCCCUUAUCCUGACGGUACCGUGAACUUUAUCGUUAUGACGCGGGUACCUGGUGAGAAUGUGGCUCGUAUUUUCCGCACUCUUUCGAAGGAACAACUUGAAAGCAUUCGACGCCAGCUCGCCUUCAUACUCGAGCACAUGCAGCAGAGGUGGUUCGUUCUGUCAGUUCAGAGUCCACAUUUCCUUCGAUACGACAGGGCGAAUGACAAGCUGUACAUCAUAGAUUACAGCUACAUGACCUUCACGGACCCCAAUGAUCCCGACUCCUUACCGAUCACCGUCGAUGACAUGUACGUCCUCGCAUUCGACAUCUGGCGCGGUCCCGAAUUCGAGCCUAGAACUCAGGGAGGCCCAUCCCGUACAGACAGAGGGUUUGAUAGCAAUGCGCCUUCUCUCAGGUCUGGUAAUACUCCGGGUUCUGGAAGUCCAUCCAAGCAGCCCCAGCAGCGCACUGGUCAGGACAGGAACCAGGAGAACAGACCUCCGCUCCCACGCUGA